UCCCGCGGCCGUCUUCACAUCAGGCCCGCUUCAAGCAUCAUUUCCGCAUUGCCCGUCUCCAUUCAGCAAGUCACUAUCCGCUUUAACACACUUCGGCUCUUCGAAUGCUCAGGGAUUGGUCUCGGCGCGCACUGUUACCGUAGCUGCCCUGACUCGGCGUUGCAAGCGUCUACCCAAUCCAUGAUCCUACUCCCAAACACUUUGUCUUCUAGGAAAACGCUGGACGUGGAAACACAUAUCCUCACAUACUUUGCGCGCGAGCUACCAUCAACUGAGGGAUCUCAAUCUCGAGAAGGGCAGCUAUGGCUACCGAUGGCCUGAGUUUUCUGCCGACCAUAAAGUGCUCAGACUGCGGUAUCGACAUCGAAAUCUCGCAACUGGCUGACCAUGUCUGCGCUCCCGCUUCUCUCAAAGAUGAAGGCCCGGCGUCACCGAAGCUGGAUCGCGCAGCUACGUUUGGCGGUUCAUCAUUGAACCAGAAACCGGACCGUCAGUCGCGAUCCGCUCGCAUGCCACCGCCUCCACGAAUAGACCCUUUUGCUGCUAAUAAACCCUUCUUAGGCCCAGGGGACCUAUCGCCUGACAGCAGCUACAGCGACCCUAAAAGUCGAUCGGCUCUUUCAACUGGAUCUGGAAGGUCGCCUUACCCAAUGAACCGCAGCGCAACGAGCCCUCUACCACAACCCCGUGUUCCUUCGCCUGAAGAACUGUCGUCCAACCUGGACUCCGCCUUUCCUCGUUUUCCGACUGCCCGCAGUGCUACGCCACCGAAUGCGAGACCAAAGACUCGCGACAGACUAGAGCCUUCACCCUCGUAUGAUCAGAACUACGCACAACCGAGCCCUUUAUUUGCGCCGUUAAGCCCACGUAUCAAUGGAGGAGAAAGCAUAAUGAAGAGGAUGGAUACUAUUGCGCCUGGUCCUUUCACAGGUGAUCGUAGGCCAAGCACAUCCAGCGGCCCAUUUACAGGUGACCGCAGACCAAGCACAUCCAACGGCCCGCGACCAACUAGUCAAGGUCGGACACCUUUCAGCCACCAAAGGACGAACACUCAGGGCAGUGUCAGGAGUAACGGCAUAGCAUCGAACUCCAGGUUGUCAACAACGUCAAGUGCUUCGCGCGGUUCAGUGUUCUCGAACGGCAGCUCAGGAUUGCCUUCGCGACCUAGACUUGGUGCGGGACCCUUCGCUGCGAUGCCACCACCACCGCCGCCUCCACCAAAAGAUGAAGAGCCUGAAGGCAUCGAUGCUUUCCUAGCACGUUUACAGAACGAGACCCUGGCGCCGGCGAAACUCGAUCAGGAUAGUCGAUCGAAGACUUUCCCCAUGCGACAGGAAACGAGAGAUGCUGUGGAUCCUCCAGCGCGACCGGCCGACCGUAUACCGCCUCCAAGACGGCCUACCGAUAUCGACACUCGAAACGACUAUACACUCUCGUCGCGCAGUUACGAGCCUUCGCUAUCGAAACCCCCCGUUCCAAACUACGCUCGAGAUUUCCCAAGCGACGCUGUGCACACACCUUCAGAUUCCGGAUUGUCGGAAGAUUCCUACGCCAGCUCUGGCUUCAGAAGCGUAGCAAGCUCCAGAUCCAGCCCACCUAUAUCCGAAGCCAGCCAUUCGCGUCAGGCCUCGAAGGUUGGUCGAUUAGAGUAUCCCGAUGACGAACCCGUUCGCAGAGUUCAGAGCCCCGAAAUGUUCCUGGAUCCGAGGCCAGCGCCACCCCAGCCUGAAAGCCGCAGAGGCAGGAGCCCCGAACGCUACCUACAAGCACCGAAAGUGCCUUAUAUGGGCGCUCCAGAAUCCCCCAUUGAUCCCGCGAUCCAGAGGGGGCUUUCUUCCACCGUACGAAGAGAAGAGCCGCGACAGAUCCGCGAUCCUGCUCUCAACACCCCAGGCUUGACGAACCCACCCCCGCGAAACCUAGGACCCGAGCCACAACGCGAAGUGAACCGUCGGCCCACGACCGCCGGCAAGGGGAGGUGUCGCGGCUGCUCCGAGCAGAUUAUCGGCAAAUCAAUCAAAGACUCUUCUGGGCGUCUCACAGGCCGCUAUCACAAGGCCUGCUUCGUCUGCCGCACCUGCCGCGAUCCCUUUCCCACCGCAGAGUUUUACGUAUUCAACGAUGCCCCUUAUUGCGGACAGCAUUACCACCAGCUCAACGGCUCGCUCUGCCGCGCCUGCAAUCGUGGCAUCGAGGGCCAGUACCUCGAGACCGACCAGCGCCUGAAAUUCCACCCGCGCUGCUUCUGCUGCAGCACGUGCCGCAUCAUGCUGCGCGACGACUACUACGAGAUCGGUGGGCGCAACUACUGCGAGCGCCACGCCUACAGCACCGUCAACCAGCGCAACAACUACCUUGGGCCCGGCGGCAACAACAGGACGCAGAAGCUCGAGAAGCGCCGCACCAGGCUAAUGAUGAUGAGUUGAUCUUGAGUCGAGUCGACUCGAGUCAAGCGCACACCUACCCACACCGUACUACAUUACACCAUACCCACUCUUUGUACCUAAUUUUGGUUCCACCCACGGCUUCUCUCGGCGCUACUCCGUAUACCCCCCCUUUACCUCUAGCAUCCACAUUUGCAAGCGUUCAUCCUAUGCCCUUCACAAUAUCCCGGUUUAUUCAAUUCACGACGACGACGGUCGCGCCGCUAUUUUUACCUCUUCGUCUUUACGUUCUUUAUACCUCUUGGAUACCCACUC